AUGGGCGACAAGGCGUGCGACGAGGCGGGAGCGUCGCUGCUGUCGCAUGAGAGCGAGCCGGAGUGGGCGCGAAUGGCGGGCAUGGCGAUCGACCUCGUCCUUCUCCCUAUCAUCGAUGAUAGCGAGAAUGGGGGGAUGCGGGAGUGGGAGGCAUGGGUGCUGGAGAUGAGCGCGUGUGGGUGCAGCCACGCACUGCCGCUGCCGCAGCUGCCAACGCAGCGCCUGCAGCACCUCCUGCUGCACUGCCUGCAGCACUGCCUGCACGUGCUCUCAUCCUGCAGCGCCCUGCCACCAUCCAACGAAGCCAGGGCAGCACGGGCUGCUGCUGCCUCUCUGCUCAUCGCUCGCAGCAAAGGUGGCAUUCCAGCCGCAGGAGAGGACGUGCGAGCAGCCAUAGUCACGUGCGGCGGGCUGUGCCCCGGGCUCAACACACCUCAGGACGUGCGAGCAGCCAUAGUCACGUGCGGCGGGCUGUGCCCCGGGCUCAACACAGUCAUUCGCGAGCUCGUGUGGGCGCUCUGGUUCCGCUACGGCGUGCGCAACAUUUCUGGCAUUGAUGUGCGUUCUCGUAAGGGGGAUGGGAUGGGGGAGGGGCAAAUUCUAUUCCUGAUUGAAUUUCCGUCCCCAACCCUCUGUCUCUCACUCUCCCAUGUCUCUCUCGUCCCCUUUCUAACUACCCCCUCCACCCCCUCCCCCGCCUUUCUCCCUUCCUCCCCUUUUUCCCCUUCUCCCCUUCCUCACCAUUUUCCCCUUUAUCCCCUUCCUCCCCUUCCUUCCCUUCCUGCCCUUCCUUCCCAUCCUCUCUCUCCCAUCCGUCCUUCCACCCGGCACGUCUAUCUCAUUCCCGCACCCUCAUUCAUGUGUGCUUGCUUUGGCACGUCCCUCUCUGUAGGUACGUGCACUCUCUGCUUCCACUUACUUGCACUUGUUUCCCCCAUCCUCCCUCCCCCAGCAGAUACCUCGGUUGUCCUCUCUGCCGUCCACUCCACGCUGCUGCCUCUGCUGCUCGGCGGACUAUCACUGCCACUGGCACACUCAGGCUCGCGGCUGUGUGCAAGGUAA